CAAGUUGUUCAACGACAUUCCGCUGUCAAAAUACCCUGGUGACGGAAUGCGAAUAGCGUCUGUUGUAUCCACGGCAACCACGACUCUCUAAUACUGCACACCUGGAUUGGUUAACAAUUCAGUCAAACUGAGCAUUGUUUUUACGUAUUUGUUAAGGUUAAGGGCGUUAGAUGUUUCAAGAAUAAAACAUCUAUAUCGCCUAUAUGCCCGACUAAGGGUAUUUAAUUAAGCACAAAUCGUAUUUCAGCCCAUCAAAAUCAACUUUCUACUGCUAGUUUGCGAUGCUGGAAGAAGGAAUAAUUUCACUGGAUUUAUAAUUAGUGAAGCAUUCAUGUGUAUCACUUGAUGCAGCUGGUUAAGUUAAAUCCCAGGUUACUUAUGGGGAAUGUUGACAAUGGCCAAUCCAGUAAAAAAAGGAGAAAAACGGCCUCUGAAAUCCAGAGGAAUCCAGAGCAAGGGCUCUCAUGAUCUCAGGAGGCUUCAGUCCCUGCUUGCCAAAAGCAUUCCCAGACACGAGGUGGCAGCGUUGAGUCACAGUAGAGCAUGCAGCAGUGGAGCCAGCAAAUCUCAAGGCCCGCAUACUCCAAAAGAUACCAACAGACAGAGGAGUGAAAGCGACAUCACCAGUGAAGCCUCUGAACUGGAAAAAUUCAGCAUCACAUACAAAGAUCAAAGAUGUUUCACCAGCCACCCACUGCACAAACUCUUCUCUGACAUCCUUGCGUCUUUGGUAAAGAACAGACUCUGCAGUGAGUGGAUUGACCAUGCACUGCCUGAGUCUGUCCUAAGAGUUCUGAUCUGCCUACGAUUAUUGAUCAGAGAUCCCUACCAUCAGAAAAUCCUCCAUCAACUCAAAGGCAUCAAUUUACUUGCCAGGUACAUGGAGCAUGUCACUGCCAUGUACAUAUCUUGUGGUGAACAAGCGUUUGCUGUGCAGAAGCUGGUCACGAUGACCUACAUGUUUCAGAAGCUGUCUGCCGUCGAAGAUCAAAGGGUCUGGGUCAUUGAGAGCGGCGCUCACAAGACACUGGUGAAGCUCCUGUCCACAACAGAAAGCAGCGUGUUGCUGGGGGCCCUGUUGGCACUCACCACUUUGGCUGAGAGCCCUGAAUGCAAGGAGGAGAUUGGCAAGCUUCCCAUAGUGGAGAACCUACUUGUAAUACUGCAGGAAUAUGACCUUCUGUCAAAGAGGAUGAGUGCGGAGCUCCUGAGGCUCCUGUCCCCGGUGUGGCAGGUGAGGGACCAGCUGAUGGAGCUGGAGGGUCUGCCUGUGCUGCUGAGCCUGCUGUAUGGCCAGCACCUGAAGCUGCUGUGGAGCGUUGCCUGGGUCCUGGUCCAGCUCUGCCAGGAUCCCGACACCAGGACGGAGAUACGGAGCUGGGGCGGGGUGCAGCAGCUUCUCCGGCUGCUUGACAGUGACCGGCAGUACGUCUCUGACCGCUCGUCCAUCGAGACACUCUCCAGCGCUAACGCGGCCGGUCGGAUCCAGAGAGAGCACAUCAGAGAGAAGCUCAGCCCGCAGGAGAAGGUGGACAACACUAUGGCCCUGCAGUCAGCCUGCUGCACAGUUCUGACUGAGCUUAGUCUGGAUGACACAUCUGCUCACCACAUUGUGCAGGAAAAUGGCGUCUAUAUAAUCGCAAAGUUGAUUUUACCUCAAAACUCUGGACCAAAGGUUACAUCUUUGCAGUGCUAUGCGUUUCGAACCCUUCGGUUUCUCUUUAGCGUGGAAAGAAACAGACAUCUGUUUAAAAGACUCUUUCCCACGGACCUCUUUGAGUUGUUUAUUGAUGUUGGACAUUAUGUGCGGGACCUCGCGGCCUACGAGGGACUGCAAACCAAAGUUUCACUUUACACUGAAGAGGAACUGGACAAUCUGAGAGAGAACAUCGAGACUGUUGACCAGAACCGACCUCCCCUUAAAGUCAUCAAUGGUUACUCCGUACUGGAACAUCUGGGCACCGGCGCCUUUGGAAGCGUCUUCAAGGUCCGAAAGCAGAGUAGCCAGAACCUCCUGGCUCUGAAAGAGGUGAACCUUCAUAAGCCAGCGUUUGGAAACGACAAGAAGUCCAGAGACAGUAACGUGGAGAAAAUCAUCUCUGAGCUGACGAUCGUCAAAGAACAGAUGACACACCCAAACAUUGUUAAAUACUACAAGACAUUUUUGGAAGAUGACAAGCUGUACAUCGUGAUGGAGUUGAUUGAGGGAGUGCCGCUGGCUGAACAUUUGAACUCUCUCAAGGAGAAGCACCAGAAGUUCACAGAAGACAGAAUUUGGAAUGUAUUCAUACAGAUGUGUCUGGCAUUGAGGUACUUGCACAAGGAAAAGAGAAUAGUCCACCGUGACCUCACUCCAAACAACAUCAUGCUGGGGGAAAAGGACAAAGUCACCAUCACCGACUUUGGCCUCGCGAAGCAAAAACAGGAGAACAGCAAGCUAACGUCAGUGGUCGGCACCAUCCUUUACUCCUGUCCAGAGGUGGUGAAGAACGAGCCGUACGGAGAGAGAGCUGACGUCUGGGCUUUGGGAUGCAUCCUCUACCAGAUGGCUACUUUACAGCCUCCGUUCUACAGCAGUAACAUGCUGUCGCUGGCCAGCAAGAUUGUCGAGGCUGUCUACGAGCCGAUUGAAGAAGGAGCUUUCUCAGAGAGAGUCACAGACAUGAUCAGAUGGUGUUUAAAUCCAGAUGCUGACCAGCGGCCGGACAUUGUGGCCGUCAGCUCCAGGAUAUCCGACCUCAUGAUGAGGCUGAUGGAUGGCCUCUACACUUCCCAGAAUGCACUGGAAAGAAGAGCAGAGAGAGACAGGAAACGAGCGCAGAAGUACUUCCUGGAGAAGCACAACAGUAGAACGGACUGCUGUCUCACAAACCUGCCUCAGGAAAAAUCCUUAAUGAAGACUGAAUCUCAGACAGCAGGUUCUUCUGCAGCCUGCACUUCACACUACAGCGAGCAUAAUAUCAGUCAAGAUGAUGCCUCAGAUGGUGAUGUUGAACCAUGCACUUCCAACAUCAACACCACUGUCUCUACAGGAAAACACUACGGGUUAAAGUCCAGUGCUCGUUUUACACCUGACCACAUUCAGUCUGGUGGGGAUUCUACUGCUGCAAAGAAACCAAGACCAGUGUCAGCAGGGAUCUGUGUCUCCCAGAAGAAGGUUCGGCAGAUUGAUGAUCCCAUUCAGAGGCUCCUCGUGCAGUUGCACAAAAUUAUUUACAUCACUCAGCUUCCACCAACUCCGAACCACAACAUCAAACGACGGAUCAUUGAAAGAUUUAAAAAGUCUCUUUUCCACUUCGGGAGCGAUCCAUACAUCCUCAAAGUGGAGCUCAGCAAGCUCCUCCACUCCUCUCCAGAGCUGCUGGAGUUAGGCUCAACCAGUUCAGACUGGUGGCCUCUGGCCCACCACUUGACAGCAGACACUGCCGACAGCACGGGUGAUGACAAUCUCAAAGAUGGAGUCACAUAUCAGCAAAUGCAGGGGAUCAUAGAGGAGCUGCUGGAGGAGAACAGCUACUAUAAAGCACCACACCAGGAGAGCAGAGAAAAGAAAUGAGCAAGAAAACAAGUGACUAUGAGCCACAUUCAUCAUCAGAUGUCAAACAGCUGGAAAAACUCAAUUUAUACCAUUUGCAUCAGAGUUUACACAAAUACUGUACAUGUUCUUGAAAUGUAUUCACUUUAAUUGAAUCUUAAUACCCAUGUAUAAUUAUUUUUACAUAAAACUUAAACAAUGCAAAGUGAACAAAACUUCUGGGCCCUUAAAACUAUUUUGUGAUGAAAUGUUUUUAAAAAUUACAAACGAUACACUGAGAAAUGAGAACGUGUCCUAGGACCAAAGAAAAGAAAAAAAAAAAAAAACUGGAACGACGGGAAGGAGCGGGGCACUUUUAAUUGAAAACUUUAAAUCACAAUCAUUGAUUGUGGUGAUCAUUUCCCCAGGGACCCAAAUAUUUGGUCUAUAAAUAGUGAAAGAUGUCCGUCAGUCUCCUGAAGCCCAACAAUAAUGGAUGUUGGUUUCCUACUGUAUGUAACGAAGGGUAAACCUUUGUUCAGCCCAUGAGAUCCUUCUCUAAAUCAAAGUGAACUGGCCCGUGACUUGCAAAAACACACACAGAACCACUUUAACGGCAACACUAUCCAGAGAUCUCAAAAAAAAAUUAAAAAAAUAGAAUUAUCUGUGGAGCUCGGGCACCGUUUGUUUUUUCAGGUUUAUCUGUUUGUGGCAUGUUAACGUCUCAGGACCAGACUCAGCAGUUUGAGGUUCGGCCUGUUUUAACAGGACUGCAUGUCACAGAAUGGGUUUCAAAUGGCCGCGAGCCAAAGCUGCAAAGUUACAGUUUGUCAAGGAGCCAAUAAGAAACUAAACCUCCACCUUAACUCAACAUUCAUGUCUAAUCAGAUCUCAACGCCUGACUGCAGCUCUGGCAGACAGUGAAAAACCGGUAAAAUGUUUUGAUUUGGAAUUAACACGCUCUCUGAAGUACUGUUAUUUCCAAUGUGAGUAACAUCUAAAAUAUACUUUUUGUAUGUAAUUCACUCGUUUUGAAGAGUGGAGGGAACACUAUGCACUUUGAA